AUUGAGAAACUUUAUGUGCGUGAUUGUCACAUUGUAAACAUAACUAAAGAGGCAUUUAAACCACUCAAUAGCAUCAUCAGGUUGUUAGAUAUUUCAGGAAAUUCAAACCUGACUUUCAAGGGCAUGAAUAAAGUUCUAAAAGGUCUCAUCAAUUCAGCAUCACUAAAGGAGUUGUAUGUGAAUCGCAUACAUGUCUCUUACAACCUUGGCAUAGAAAUUACAGCAGAUGACUUACAAAGUCUAAAUACGUUACAAAGUCUGGAAGCGCUGUUUAUGGAUUUAAACAAAAUCGAAGUAUUUAACGUUGACACAUUAUAUCCAAAGGUUAUGUUUCCUCCAUCGUUGACUCUUCUCACGCUGGCAGGUAACAGGCUCACAUUUGGAAAAUAUGUUGACUACUUAUUUAUGGCGAGAAAUAUAACAACUUUAGAUAUAUCCAGACAAUUUCUUGGCUAUGAUCCAUUUAGGUUUAGGCAACAUGAUAUUCUACCUCACAUAUCAAGUGAAACGCCACCGGCAAUGAAUCUGGAAGCGCUUAACCUGACAGGAAAUAUGUUAGAAGAGACUUUUCACCCCAACAAUGCAGAUGCAGGUGUUAUGUUUGGAAAUCAGAAGAAAAUUAAAAAAAUGACCUUGUCAGCCAUCAAAAACUGUGGCACCAACUUGCUCUCUGGAUAG